AUGACUUACCCAGAAAAGAAGAUAUGUUUAGUAAUAGUAGAUGGUUUUGGAAUACCAGUUCAAAGCAGACCUGUAGAUCCUACAAAAAAGGUAGUAUAUCUGAAUGAACUAAUUAAGAAAUAUCCAAACUGCACAUUGGAUGCCUCAGGGGAAAGUGUUGGAUUACCAAAGAAUACAAUGGGGAACUCUGAGAUGGGUCAUCUAACAAUUGGUACAGGCAGAAUUAAUUUAGUUGGAAUAGAAAUGAUUAAUAAUGCUAUCAAAACUGGUGAUUUUCAUAAGAGACUUAAACAGUUAUUUCCCAGAUUUACAAAAAGAAUUCAUCUAAUUGGUUUGUUAAGUGAUGGAUGCGUUCACUCAUGCACCAAUCAUUGUACUGAAUUAAAUAAUUAUAUAAGAAAGGAGUUGCCUGAUCACAAAGUAUUUAUACAUGCAAUUUCAGAUGGCAGAGAUACUGAACCAUGUGAGUUUAAAAAAUUUUUUAAAAAAUACAAUAAUAUUGUAUCUGUUUGUGGAAGAUUCUAUGCUAUGGAUAGUAGUAACAACCUUGAUAGAACUAAGGCAGCAUAUAUGAUGAUGACCAAAGGUGAAGUAAAGGAAUUUGAUAUUAACAAAAAUUAUUCUAAUUCUAUCACAGAUGAAUAUUUUGAUCCGAUAUUGCUAAAACAGGAAACAAUAGAACCUGAUGAUACAAUUAUAUUUUUUAAUAUAAAGGCGAAUGGAAUGAUUCAAUUGGUAGAGAAAUUUCAGAAAACACAUAGAAAUAUUUUUACAAUGACAGAGUAUAAGAAAGAACUUGGUGUAUUCAUAUUUCCACACCAAAGGAUUCAUCACUCAUUAUCAGAGAUUCUUUCUUCCAAGUAUAUAUCACAUAUACAUUUAGCAGAGUCAGAAAAAUUCCCUUUUGUCACCUACUAUUUUAAUGGAAUGACUUACCAUAUAAAUUAUGGUGAGCAACACAUUAUGGUUCAGAGUAUGACAGGUGGAAAAUUAGAUCAAAAACCAGCCUGUGCAAUGAAGGACGUAGCAAGAAAGACUAUCAAGGUGUUGGAUAACAAUGUAGGUUUUAUUGUUUUGAAUUUUGCAGGACCAGAUUUAGUUGGACACACGGGAAAUUUUAUAGCAACAGAAAAUUCAGUUUCCAUUUUAGACGAUCAAAUCAAAAUGGUCCAUGAAGCAUGUGAAAAAAACGGUUAUUUGAUGAUAAUAACAGCCGAUCAUGGUAACUGUGAAAAUAUGAGAAGUGGACGUGGUACCUGUACAACUCAUAGCAAAAGCAAGGUUCCUUUUAUUAUAACGAGUAACGAUUACGAGAUUGAUAAAAGUUUAAAGAACAAAGGAUUAAAGAAUAUUGCACCAACAAUACUUUAUUUAAUGAAGAUUGACAAACCAGCUGAAAUGACAGGCAAAUCGUUAGUCAAAAAGUUAAAUAAAUAA